UUUUUUUGGAAUCUCCGUUCCUUUUCUAAUUGGCAUACCACACAUGUGGAGUGCGAUUCUCACAGUUUGAAGUGAUGCCCGUGUCGGCAUGACUUGCCGCGAGUUGGCCGCCUCCGAUGGCUCCGGCACCAGCAGGCCCGGCCCGGCCCUCAAUGACCUCCCUUGUCCCCGGAUGCAGGCCCGGGUCCGUCGUCGAUGCACAUGGCUCGGCUUGCACAACUCGACCCUCUGGCUGGGAUGCAUGCUCCUGGCGCUCUGCGUGGGCUAUUGGCCCGUGGCAGCGGCCAUGCGUCCGGACCGCGUGCGGGAGCUCCGGCAGGAAACCGUCAACAUGUUUUACCACGGUUUUGACAACUACAUGAAGAUAGCCUUCCCGGAAGAUGAGCUCCGACCGGUCUCUUGCUCCCCGCUCACCCGGGAUAGGGAGAACCCGCGGAAUGUCGAGCUGAAUGAUGUUUUGGGCAACUACUCGCUCACCCUCAUCGACAGCCUCUCCACCCUGGCCAUCCUUGCCUCGGCCCCCCCCGAGGACGGCGAGACCGGCCCGAAGGCGCUGAGGGACUUCCAGGAUGGCGUGGCAGCCCUGGUCGAACAGUACGGAGACGGCACCUCCGGCCCCUCUGGUGUCGGCCUUCGCGGCCGCGGCUUCGACGUCGACAGCAAGGUGCAGGUGUUCGAAACGGUCAUACGCGGCGUCGGGGGCCUCCUGAGCGCCCACCUGUUUGCCAUUGGCGCCUUGCCGAUUACGGGCUACAAUCCCCGGCACCCCGGAGACGACCUGCUGCACCCGAGGCCUGUCGUCUGGCCCAACGGGUUCAGAUACGAUGGCCAACUGCUGAGGCUCGCUCUGGACCUGGGCCAGAGGCUUCUCCCCGCUUUCUACACCAGGACCGGCAUGCCGUAUCCCCGCGUCAACCUCCGCCACGGCAUCCCGUUCUACACCAACUCGCCCCUCCACGAGGCCGCUGCACCGGGGACCACCGCCGAUGGGUCCCCCGAGAUCACCGAAACGUGCAGCGCUGGUGCCGGAUCCUUGGUCCUGGAGUUCACCGUUCUCAGCCGCCUUACCGGUGACCCCCGCUUUGAGCAGCUGGCCAAAAGGGCGUUCUGGGCCGUCUGGUACAGAAAGAGCCAGAUAGGUCUGAUUGGUGCCGGAGUGGAUGCCGAGCAGGGGCAUUGGAUAGGUUCCUACGCCGUAAUCGGUGCUGGCGCUGACAGCUUCUUCGAGUAUGCCCUCAAAUCCCACAUCUUGCUCUCUGGCCACGAGCUCCCGAAUCAAACAGCAGUCCGCCCUGAUCGCGCCAGCGACGGAUGGUUGGAUCCAAACACCCUGUUCAAUCCCCUCAGUGAUGCCGAGAACUCCCCCGACUCCUUCCUCGAAGCCUGGCAUCACGCACACGCAUCCAUCAAGCGCCACCUCUACAGCGACCGUGACCAUCCUCACUAUGAGAACGUCAACCUGUGGACCGGCUCCCUAGCGUCCUCCUGGGUAGACAGCCUCGGCGCCUACUAUUCGGGGCUCCUCGUCCUCGCCGGCGAGGUGAGCGAGGCGAUCGAGACGAACCUGCUCUACGCUGCCAUCUGGACCCGCUACGCCGCACUCCCGGAACGAUGGUCCAUCCGCGAGAAGACGGUGGAAGGCGGCCUCGGAUGGUGGCCGCUAAGGCCGGAGUUUAUCGAGUCUACCUACCACUUAUACCGCGCUACCAAAGACCCCUGGUACCUCUAUGUCGGCGAGAUGGUGCUCCGAGACAUCGCGAGACGGUGUUGGACCCCUUGCGGCUGGGCGGGGCUCCAGAACGUCUUGGACGGGCAAAAGAGCGACCGCAUGGAAAGCUUCUUCCUCGGUGAAACUGCCAAGUACAUGUACCUGCUCUACGACGACCAACACCCACUAAACUCGCUCGACGCCGCGUACGUUUUCAACACCGAGGGCCACCCCCUAAUCAUACCCAAGGCCGCGUCGGCAAGUGGACGCCGACGACCGCGAGCCGAACGCAAGGAUCUGGCCAUCUACAACGACGACGCCUUCACCAACUCAUGCCCCCCUCGUCCCUCCGCGACUCCCAUCUCUGGUUCUGUUAUCGCCGCCAGGGAUGACAUCUACCACGCCGCACGGAUGCUGGACCUACAUCUGCUGUCCACUUCGCCACGCACCGUCGACGGCGGGCAGAUGUCCGGCCAGCACAUGGCGAGAUCAAAUUUCACUCUGUUUCCGUGGACCCUCCCAUCCGAACUGCUCCCUAGCAACGGGACUUGCGCCAAAGUACACCACCCGACAGAGCUCGUCCUCGAGUUUGCCUCGAACGCGGGACAGAUGGUGGGCGGCGGUGCGUUCAACUUUAUGAUCGGCGCCCAAAAUCUGGAACGUUUGAGUGCGGAUCGGAUCCGCGUCACCAGCCUGUCUGGUCUGAAGCUCACGAUGCAUCUCGAGGGGGACUUGGAGCAAGAGUGGCGCGUUACAAAAGUCAACGGCAUCCCCCUGGGCCGCGACGAGUUCCUCGUAUUUGACCGGUCCAUCCUGGGGGAGGUCUCUGACCCCAGAUUCAACCUCGUCCGAGACCCGGUGAUGGUCAAGCUCCAGCACCUCCACCAAGUCGACAUCCCAGAGGACGAUGCCGACACCGUCGACGAUGACGCGCCACAAGCCAGCAACCACGAACCCGGACCCGAACCCGAACCGCUCGAGGACGGACCGAACCCCUCCGUCACCGUCACGGACCUCGGCUCCCUUGUCAAAUCCCUCCUCAGCCGCAUCACCUCUUCCCUCGACAACAUCCAGCUACCCACCUCCCUACCACGCAUCGGCGCCACCCUCCUCCCCUUCAACCUCGUUCUCAACACAACAGCCAUAACCUCAACCGGCAUCGGUUCCGCCCCUCUCCCUCCCGGUGCCUCCCCGCCUUCGGCCGCCCAACGGCACCGGACCCCGCCCUUCGGCCCCGUCCCCGAUGCCCUCUUCCCCUGGUCAACCAUCUACGCCUCGCCGGACGACGCCUGCUCCUCUCCGCUACCGGAUGCUGCCCCCCGCGACCACCAGAUCAUCCUCAUCCGCCGCGGCGGCUGCAGCUUCUCGACCAAGCUGGCCAACAUCCCGGCAUUCACGCCGUCCCCGGACUCGCUCCAGCUCGUGAUUGUCGUGUCGGACGACGGCGACGACGCUGACCAGGACAACCGCGGAGGUGGUGGUGGCGGCGGCGGGGUUGCCGGGCUCGUGCGGCCGCUGCUGGACGAGGUGCAGCGCACGCCGGGCGGCAUCCAGCGGCGGCAUCCGAUCGCCAUGGUCAUGGUGGGCGGUGGGGAGGCCGUGUUCCGACAGCUGGAGGCGGCGAGCCGCGUCGGGGUGGUGCGGCGGUACUUUGUCGAGAGCCAGGGGGUGAAGAUAAGGAACAUCAUUGUCGACGAAGGCGGCGACGAGAUGGACUGGUGAAGCGUUUCUUUUUUUUUUUUUUUCCAAGACGGGCUAUGUGACUGGUCCACACCGGGGGAAGAGAUAUAGGGGACGAGCGGUAGUUUAAAACGGUUGACAUGUUUCAUUGUUUUUGCAGCAAGGAUGUUGGAUAGAGUUGUACAUGUAUGUCCAUGCAUUGGCGAACAUGCAGAGCAUAGCACUUGGGAAUGUACAUAUAUGGAUGUAACGAAUGAUCUAGCACUGAGUUUAGGAUCCCUCCCUUCAGUGGACAUCAAGGUUCUCUCGUCUGCAUC